UCUCUAACAAGCCGCACGUGUUUACGUUGUGUGGGAAAUACUUCUUGAGUUUCGCUCCGAAAAACGUUGAUUUCUAACAGAUACAGACAUGCCGCGCUCCAAACGUGAUAAGAAAGUUUCCCUGACCAAAACCGAUCGCAAGGGUCUGGCAUGGAAACAGCGAAUCGUGGACGACAUUCGCUUUUGCGUGGGCAAAUACCCGAACAUAUUCGUUUUUCAAGUUCAGAACAUGAGGAAUAGCUUGCUGAAGGACCUGCGACAGGAGUGGAAGAAGAAUUCCCGCUUCAUCUUCGGCAAGAACCGCGUGAUGCAGAUUGGUUUGGGUCGCACCAAAAGCGAGGAAGUGGAGUCGGAUCUGCACAAGCUCUCCAAGCGAUUGACCGGCCAGGUGGGUCUGCUCUUCACGGACAAGUCCAAGAAGGAAGUCCUGGAGUGGGCCGAAAACUACUGGGCCGUGGAGUACGCACGCAGUGGCUUUGUGGCCACGGAAACGGUUACCCUGCCAGCCGGUGCACUGGAGGACUUUGCGCACUCCAUGGAGCCGCACCUGCGAUCCCUGGGCCUGCCCACCAAGCUGGAGAAGGGAAUCGUUACCCUCUACAGCGACUACACGGUCUGCGAGGAGGGCAAAGUACUGACGCCCGAGCAGGCGAGGAUCCUCAAGCUGGUGGGCAAGCCCAUGGCCAAGUUCCGGCUGACCAUGAAGUGUUCGUGGACCAAAAGCGAGGGCUUCCAGCUGCACGUCGAGGAUGACGUGAACGACGAGGAGCAGGCCGACAGCGCCAUGGAAGAGGACGCAGAGGCAGAGGCCAUGGAGGACAACGACGACGAUGAUGAUGAUGAUGAGGAGGAGGAGGAUGAAUAAAUUAGUUUUAGGCGUAGAAUUAAUUUUUUUAUGUAUAUAU